UCCGCGGUGUUUUCAGUAACUCGCAACAGAAACUUCAGACUCUGCUGCUACAGCUCUGCCCUCACUCGCUUUCACCGGGUUUCGGUGCCAUGUUGGAAUAAACUCCGUUAACUUGUGUGAUCCGGUUGGUUUCCCUGCAGGAACAAUGAGCUGCUGCACAUCGCGCGAUUAGCGGGUGAGAACAGUUCACUGCAGGGCUGCAGUGUUUGCACUGUGACCUGUGGGCUUGAGCAGAGACGGUGCAGAGGACACGGGGACAGGACACAACCAUGGAUUUCGGCAAUGAUGUGGACCUGUCCAACAAUAACAUCACCCCUCUGUGGAAACGACGCUCGGACAAGAACCCCCUGGACUCGGGCAAACACAAGGCGCGACCCGUCAGUUACCACAUCAGUGGGGUCAUGACCACGGACUUCCCCUUGGAGGACAACAGGUAUUCCCUGACCUCGGGCCAACCUGCCGAGAGGUUGGUGGCCGCACCUCCGUGUUCGGGCAGUGGCAUUGCAGUGUUGAAGCACAUUCUUAACAAGCCCUCCAGGAAAUCCCGGGUCAUUCGAAGCAUCAGCAUUGGGCACCUCUCCAGCGGACGCUUCUCACUGUCCAGAUUUAGGUCUGAUGACAGCAAAUCCGCUUCAUUGGACAAUAGAAAGCGUAAUGGAGACUGUGACAAGGGGAAAAGCAGUAAUGAAAAGCGUCUCCUGGACUCCCAGAUAUGCAUCUCCAGUCCUUACACUCUGAAUUCACAGAAGGACCAGAUAGCAUUUGGGACAAAUUCCUCCUCACCCGAAAGUGACCCUCUCAACUGUUCCUCUCCUGACCUAUCCCAACGCACUGCCAACAGCAACUACAACCACCAUGAACUGUGCUCUCUUUCAUCCACGUCCAGCUCCUCUCCUCCCGUCUGCCGCACCCCUACCCCUUCCCACAGCUCCACAUCCAGCAUCCCCUCCCUCUCUUCUCUCACCUCCUCAGACCCCCCGACCCCACGCUCCCCAUCACCGGCAGACAGAGGACAUCCAGUCCUCAAACAGUCUUCCGCCUCGCCUGCCCCGUCACAGGACAGCAGGCAUGCCUCUUCCUCCUCGUCCAUCUUAUCCACUUCACCCUCCCUCUCUCCGUCUAUCUCUCCCUCUCCCUCCAUCAUCCUCAGCACCCACAGUCAAGCUGCCCUGAAGAUGGGCACCCAGCAGCUCAUUCCCAAGGGCUUAGCAUCGGAUAGUCGCCAGAGCAAGGUGCCUCCCCCUGCGCAGCACGGCCAAGGUUUGGCAGGUCUGCUGGGGUUGGAUCAUUCUAAGAGAGCCCUGAAAUCCCUCAGUAUGGUGGAGAUUGGACCCUACUUUUCCACCGGCGGGAACCCCGGUGAAGCGGCAGAGGUAGAAAGUGACAGCCCGGGGUCGCUCAGGAGAGGCUUGAGGAGUACCUCCUAUAGGAAGGCUGUUGUGACUGGAGCAGACUCAGCAGGGGUAGAUCAUAAGGUGCCCUGGUUGUCCCAUCCUGUUUCCCAAGUGCUAGAUGUGGAUAAUCCAGCGUCACCAAGCAGCCCUGUAAGUCCUGGCACUUUAAGCCUCUCCAGCCCUGGAGCAGCCAAACCCGGGAGCCCUAGGACACCCAAGCUUGCCAGUCCUAGGACACCCAAGCUAACCAGCCCCAGGUUGUUAAAGCUUGCUAGUCCUGGGACAGAAAAGUCUACCAGCGCUUGGAAAAAUAAGAAUCCAAAUAAGAAGAAAGUUUUGACCCAUCAGCCGACAUUUGACAGCGAGGAGGAGGAGCUGUAUCAGAACUACCAGGAGAAGGCCUUGCACAAUGAUUCAGAUGAGGAUGCUGAUUCCAGGGAGCCCAGCUCGGAUAAUGGCAUCGUGGUGCAGUACAGACCCAUACGCACCUCCUGGAGCCAGCUCAGUGUGGUAAAGAAAAAUGGUUUGUCCGAACGGAUGAGUCUGGAGGAACGCAAAAUACAAGAGGCCAUUUUCGAGGUGAUCUCGUCGGAGCACUCCUACCUGCACAGUCUGGAGAUCCUGAUCCGCAUGUUCAAGAACUCUGAGGAGCUCAGCGAGGCCAUGACCAAGACCGAGCGCCACCACCUCUUCUCCAACAUCAGCGACGUCUGUGAGGCUAGCAAGAAAUUCUUUAAGGAAUUGGAGGAAAGACACCAGCAGAACAUAGUCAUCGACGACAUCAGCGACAUUGUCUGCAGGCACGCUCAGUCCAACUUUGACCCCUACAUCACGUACUGCUCCAACGAGGUCUACCAGCAGAGAACCCUGCAGAGGCUGGUGUCCAAGAGCCCGGGCUUUAAGGAGGUGCUGACCCGGAUCGAGAGCCACCCGGACUGCAGGAACCUCCCCAUGAUCUCCUUCCUCAUCCUGCCCAUGCAGAGGAUCACCCGCCUGCCCCUGCUCAUGGAUACAAUUUGUCAGAAGACGCCUAAAGACACUGCGCAGUAUGAAGAGUGUAAGAAGACGUUACAAGCAGUCAGCAAGGUGGUAAGAAAGUGUAACGAAGGAGCUCGCACAAUGGAAAGAACAGAGAUGAUGUACACCAUCAACUCUCAGCUGGCGUUCAAGAUUAAGCCGUUCCCCCUGGUCUCGUCCUCCAGGUGGAUGGUGAAGAGAGGAGAGCUGACGGCCUUCGUAGAAGACAACGGCCUCUUCCUCAAGCGGAGGCAGCGGCAGCAGGUCUACUUCUUCCUCUUCAACGACGUCCUCAUCGUCACUAGGAAGAAGAGUGAGGAGAGCUACACCGUGAUCGACUACGCUCUGAGGGACCAGAUCUGGGUGGGGUCCUGCCAGCCUGAGGAUGUAAACCUGUCCCCGGUCAGAAGCACUUCCAGCAUGCUCAGCUCCCGGCAACCCGGCGCCAAUCAUCUCUUCAGUCUGCGUUUCCGCAGCAACCACUCCGGGGAAAAGGUGCCCAUGAUCCUGGGCACGGAGCUGCUAAAUGAGCGCGCUCGAUGGAUCAGCGGUCUGGGCCACAACGUCAACAACAAGAAGAGUGAAGACAGAAUCAACGCCAUGCAGAUGGAGGUGAUCCGGACGUACACGGCCAAGCAGCCGGAUGAGCUGUCGCUGCAGGUGGCCGACGUGGUGUUGCUCUCACAGACUGUAGAAGACGGCUGGUGCGAAGGUGAGCGGCUGCGCGACGGAGAACGGGGGUGGUUCCUCGCCGAGUGCGCCGAGCCCAUCACGUGUCAGGUGACCAUCGAGCGCAACAUGCAGAGGAUGGACCGCCUGCAGGGGCUGGAGACCAACGUGUGAGCCGGGCCAGCUGCCUGGACCACAGAGGGCUUUUUUUUCCCGCAGCUGUUAGUGACCUUUGACACAACAGUGAGCUGCCUUAUGAAGUGGUGAACCCGGACCAAUGAGUUCAGUAAGAACACCAGUGACCCGCCCCCCGCUGGGAGCAUGCGUGCAAGCUGUGGGGCUGCUGGGACUAAGAUGAAGCCAUAAUUCAGCGGUUCAACGCAAAGACUGAGUUCAGAGCAAACGCAGAAGAAGGACUGAUUUUCCUCAACUGGCGCUCGGUCCUGGUGUGGGGGGGGGGCUGGUGGGAUCUGUCACAUUCUCUAAUUACCUGGUUGUUUGGGAAACGUCACGCCCACUGCCAAAGUCCCUGAAGUUCUAAACCGUGUUGUUUUUUUCCCGAACAUAUUUUGAAUUGUGUGAAGUAAUAAUUUAGACAACAGCACCAGUGCUAUCGGACACAAGGUGGAAGAAAUAGAACGAAGAUGACAGCAGCCUGAUGUCUGGGACUGAGGCUCAGGACAUGUAAUCAGGAGCUCUGCCAGUAACAAUGUAACUGUGGUUUGUGAAAGUGAUAUUGAUGCAGGACGGUGAGAUUGGCAGCUUCUUUACAGUUUGUGGAUUAAGUUUCCUUCACAUCACUACGAUUCAGUUUGACAACACAUCUCUGUUGAUGUGUUUACGCCCCCAACACAACCCCUCACUGGAGUUUUUUCAAGCACCUGAACGAGAAGUUUGGAAACACUGCUGGUCCUGUUUUGGUUUGAAAACCUAUGGGGCUGUGAAGGGUCAAAAGGGAGAAGUUUGAAACCAUGACCAAGUCACCUCACUGAUUGGUUCAUAUUAGUCAAGACUCCACAACCACUCGUGAAGCCAGAACGUAUUUCUCUCCACCAUCAUCGUUUCUCAUUCGUAUUAUUUUCUAUAAGUAAACAACCGACUGCAGAGUAGACUCUCUGCUUCCUGUUUAAACCGGCCGUCGCAUGCCCAGUGUACGUGAAUGGUCACAUGAUUUGCGUUUCAGCCAUGUUAGUUUGGACAAGGAUAAUUAAGGAUACAGAGCUAAAACGCUUGAACCUAGAAGUCCAAACGAUCCCUUAUAUUCAAUCAAGCUGCACAAAAUUGUAUAAAUUUAUAGAUAUUAGUUCUCUAAACAAGCCUGAUUUAUUUUAUGGUGAUCCAUUAUUUAUACCCCGGGAAAUAAGUGAAAAUUUCAAAAUAAAAUUCUGGAUCAGCUCAAUGAUCUGAAUCCUCGCAAAAGGUCUUUCCUGACUCAUACAACAUCCUUCCACCAACAAAACAAACCAACAAGCGGACAGGGAUGAGAACAGAACCACCUCGGUGAUGGUAACUAAAAUAUUAUCGUAUGGAUGCAGCCUUUUCAGUGUAGAAACUAGUGUUUCAGUAACACCUGAGGGCAAGUGGAACUAUUCCAGUUGUCGGUGUGUCGAGAUGCAAAAGAAAGGAAUUCAACGGUUUGUCUAACGCCAGAGGCACUUUGUGUAAAUAGUCUUUAAUUGGAUAUUAUUGAGAAUUACAGUCAUCUUGGAGGGAUGAUUUCAAUUGCACUUGUUGUUAAGCAGAGGGGCCAAGUCUCUGUUUCCCACCCUGCUGUUUGUCACUGGUUAAUGUCCCCCCCAUGACUCACACUCCAAGGAUUUGUGUCACAACUGCCACUAUUCUCUCCAUCCACUCUGUGAUUUGUACAGCCUGAAUUAUUACACACACACACACACACACACACUUGAUGCCAGCCAGAGGUGUAUAAAUAAAUAUCCCCCUUCAGGAUUUAUAUGCGUGAUGCUUCAGAGGCAAACUGAAAUUAAUUUGCGUGUGCUGAUGGGAAGAGACGGAGCGGCCCCGACCCGGCCCGGCUUUUAAUUUGAUUGUCCACAGUGAGUCAUCUUUUUAGUGUCCAGCUAAAGGAAAUAAAUGGCUCGGUCACUGUGAUGAUAACGCCGUCCAUCAGACCCCCCCGCCCUGUCCCGGCCCAAACGACAGCGACCACGACUGUCGAGCUACGUGAAGUGGGCGGAGCAGACAGAGCUUUGUAUUUGCACUCAGGGAAAAUGUUGCUCUGUGAAACCAAGCGUCUCCACAUGAAUUCGUCUCUGCUUCAAUCACUUCCUCUUCUUGUAACUAUUGUAAAUCAACUGUGUACAUGUAAAUAUGUAAAACAGCCUGAAUUGUAACAUGUUUUCCAAAAUACAGAUUUAUAUUGCAGGAGCUAUCCUAGUCGAGCUUAUUAAUAAAAAGGCUUAAUUGCCUGUCAUGUUUCCUCAUU